UACCCCUCCCCCUUCCCCCCUCCCCCCUCCUCCUCCUCCUCCUCCUCUCUCAUUUCCUCUGGGCUCUCUCCAAUGGCGUCCGUAAGCGCUUCAACCGGCAGCCUGCUCAGACCGACGGACCGGAUAGCCUCCGCCUUCCCCUCCUCUCCCUUCUGUCAUAAACUUAAAGCAAAUGGUGCUCCAAUUUUAUCAUGGCCCCUUAACAGAAGAACACACUUAUCGAAGUCUCUUCGUGUAUAUGGUUUAUUUGGAGGAAAAGGGAAGAGUGAGAAUAGUGAUGAUGCUCCAUCAAAGGCAGGGAUGUUAGGAAACAUGCAAAAUAUGUACGAGACUGUUAAGAAGGCUCAAAUGGUGGUCCAAGUCGAGGCUGUCCGUGUACAAAAGGAGCUUGCAUCAGCAGAAUUUGAUGGUUAUUGCGAAGGUGAGUUGAUCAAGGUAACAGUUUCUGGAAGCCAGCAACCUCUACGCACUGAAAUAACGGAGGCUGCAAUGGAGUUGGGGCCUGAAAAGCUCUCUUUGUUAGUAACUGAAGCAUACAAGGAUGCGCACCAAAAAAGUGUCCAGGCCGUGAAAGAGAGGAUGAGCAACCUUGCCCAAAGUCUAGGAAUGCCACCAGGCCUCGGUGAAGGGCUCAAGUGAUGAGAGGCAGUGUUAUUUCACCAAGGCUUCUAAUGCUCAUCGAUUUUGUAUACUAGCCAAGAUUAAGUGGACAGAUGACUGCGGGCAUGCAUCUUAAUACCUCUUCUAAUCUGACACAGUUUGAUUAGCCACAUAAAAACUUGUGCUCAUCAUGGUUAUUGUAUCAAAGAGAAUGUCAAGAACCCUUUAUUAUUAUUUUUCCAAAUAAUUUAUUAUAAUUAGUUUGAUGCCUACAGGGAAACUGCUCAA